GGCAGCAGUACAUAACCUAGCAACCGUUUUGCUUGCCAGUUACGAGACAACAUUUAAAAUAACUAGAGGCCUGACGGGUAUAGAUGGUCAGGUAUUUGUGCCUAGUGGAGCUGCCCUUAAGAUGAAUAGUGGUCGGACUACUCGGACAGUUUCAGGGCUGCAUAGCAAGCAGCGCCAAUCUCACAAUGUGAGGCAUGCCAUCUUUACAAUGAAGCGCCCGAUGGUCUUCCAGGUGCGUAAAUCUCUGGUGGAGUAUUUGGACGAGGAGCUGCUGAAUAUGAACACGUCGGUGUUCUAUCAGCGUAUCUUCAUACUGGCCAAGAAUGUGGAUCCAAUGAGCGAAACUGUGGCGGAGCAAGCACAAAACAAUGCCGAAGCUGUUUCCCAAAAUGCGAACACAGAUGCGGGAUCUAAUCGUGCUGCUGAGGAAGAAGAUCACUAUUCGGAGAUGGCCACGGAGGAAGAUUCGGACGAACUCCAGGAUGCCGGUCAGCUCAAUAAAUUGUCUGUUACAAUUAAUGAGGGAAGCAAUAAGGAAACGGUGACACGCACUUUCCGAUUUUAUGGCAAUGAUGAUGUACAAGAGGAGGCAGAGCCAGAGGAACCAGAGCCUGAACCGCAAGCACCUCAACAGCCAAAGGACAUAUUCACUCAAUUUACCGAUAUGCUACAGGAGCUGCAUGCAAAAUGUCGGGAGUUAGCCUACUCACCUGAUCCCCUGUGCGGACUGGUUCUCUACAUGAAUGAAUACACCAUGAUGAUGCUGGAGAGCUCCGAAGAUAUGAUAGGCAUCUUCUGCGAGGCGCUGCUGAGCUCCAUUUCUGAUUAUUGGCAAAAUCAUCGUGUCUUCCAUAUCGAGGAUCACAUCAAAGAGCUGUAUACAAAAGAACUGCUGUUUAGGCGCAUACCAGCUGCUUUUCUCAACGAAAAGUUUCCGCCGUCGACGCCCACGGACGAGUACCUGAUGGGCAAACAGCAUCUGAUCAUCAAGGACAAACUAUUCACCAUAUGCACACUGAUUGGCGAAAGUAUGCAUCCAAUCAAAUCCGAGUCAUCCCAACAAGAGACGCCUGUGCAAGAGGCGACUGGGACAUUCGAAAUUGAAGGUGGAAGCGAAGAGACCAAUCAACCACAGAGACGUUCGCUCAGUCAAUUGGAACGCAUAACUGUCGCCGUCUCAGAUACAUUGCCAGCGGAUAUCUUUCGAAAAUGGCUGCCGGAAAUGCAGCGCAUAGAACUGGUCUUGUCCUCGACCCGCUUCUACUAUACGCUCGAAGAGUUCUGUGGUGUGUAUGGCAAGGUGCCAUUUAGACGUGACGAUGAUGGCUUCUUCUGGCCCAUACAGAUCAACUAUACACCGGGUCAAAUCUUCCGACGUACACCGUAUGAUAUUAAUUUGACCUUUACGGAAUAUGCGGCCGAAAUGAAUCGGCGCCUGCAGGAGGACCACAAGGCUGAGAUGGAUGCGGCUGCUGAAGCUGAGGCAAGCGCCUUGGCACAGGCGGAGACACAUGACAAGCCGCAGAAGCCAGCAAAGGAGGAGGAGGAGCCCGACGAAUAAUAUUCACAUGUUAUUAGUUUAAUACUUCGUUUUGUUCGUAGUUGCAUGAAAUUUCGCUCAGUGUAGGCAUCAACAUUCGAAAUUAUCAACACGCAGUUGAUGUCGCUGUGUUAUCUACCAAAACUCGCGUUCGGUUACAAUAUUUUCGCCUUCGUGCACAUGACUGCAUUCAAUGUAUAGACGGUGGGAGGCCGCACUGAAAGGUAGCGGUGCGGUGGUGUGGUGUGGUGGCUUGGCUGAGCUAUAGCUCCUGGCUCGUGGCUCGUGGCCCGUGGCUGCGGCUGUAAACGCUGCUUACUUGUUUUGGUUUGCCACUUGAAUGGCUCGACUCUGUUAACAUAAACAUAAAUUUGUGCACAUCCUUAAGAAGACGACACACAUGCACAUUAAUAUACAUGCUUUUGUGUGCGUGUGUGUGGGCUGCGGAGAGGGGUUUUGGGCUUUUAACAUAAACCGCAACAGACGCCAGCUGUCAGUUGUAAUACCGUUAGCUUGCAGCUGUCAAAAGCUGUUGCUGUCAUUUUAAGUCACUUGACAGUUCACACACAUACACAGGCACACACAUACACUUUCACCAUACACACAUAAUUAUAGCUGCUCAGAAACUGGCUUUGACUGCAAAAGAUAGGAUUUGCUGAAAUUCAGCUUAAAGCCAGUUGGGAUUGGCUUUGAAAUUCACAGUUCACUUUUGGCAAAAGUAUUUGGAAAACACAUUUGUAUAUGAGAUUAGUUGGCUUAGCCUUUCGGCUGCAAAUAUGAAAUAAAGCGUGAAAUGAAAUGAAAAGCGUGUUUAGAAAUUGAGCUAAAAAGUUAAUUAAACUUCUAGGUGAACAGCAAGUUGUUUGACACGCACACGAGCUGCCAGUCGACUGCUGCAGGACAUGCGCUGACAAGGACACAAUUCAAUCAAGCGCCACAGCAGCAGCAAUAGUAGCAGUAGCAGCAGCAGCAGCAACAGCAACGAGUGUCGGCGCAUAAACAAGGACAUUGCACUCCAGGGUGCUCGCUCAGCGCAAGAGAUGAAGAGGAUGGCCGUGUGUGUGUGCGGCAGCGAGAGCAAAGCCAAACAUUUGCCACUGCAGUUUUCAUAAACUGCCAGGCAACAGCAACAACAGCAGCAACAGCAGCAGCAACAGCUACAUGGCACAGCAGAGACAAUGGCGAUAAGCCGCUGCAGUCCAGAGUGAAAGGACGAAAGUGCAUGUUGCCACCAUGUGGCCCACAACUUGAGGCGCAAACUCAUAAAUUACAAGAGUAGAGCCAGAAAAAAGCAGCUCAAAUGACUUUUGGCUGUUGGUGUGAACGUGUAUAUGGGCGUGUGUGUCUAUGUGGCUGUGUCCAAAAGUGAAACAGUUUGCAGCAGUCACUUUAGGGGCGCUUGGGCGUGGCCAAGUUUAGCGCAGCGUUGGCCAUGCGAGCCAUGUUGUCUGGCACGCCAAAGGCCAGGCAUAAUUCGAGCCAAACUCAAUUUGUUUGUAAUGUUUUAGACAACAGCAACGUCAGCUACAACAACAACUAAAUUAUAUA